AGAGGUGCGGUGAACGAAAUCACAUCGUCGGGGAAGAAUAACGUGAAACAAACCAGCAGCUUGGAUAUUCAUUUCAGCUGUGCGACAGGUCUAAUAUGCGCUUUCACUUCGGACCAACUUUGGCCAAGUCGGUCGGAACUUGGUGACCUACUGUGUGCCCCCCGAAGCGGCGUGACAAGUUGGGAGAAGGAAGAAGAAGGAGAAAAAAAAAGGACUCAUCACUAUUUUUAAAUGGGUACAGUGAGAUUUGGGGGGCGUGGACGGUAGAGGAGCAGCAGUGAGCAUGUUGGCUCUUGGCUGCAGCUCCAGUGUAGUGAUGUGCCGGCUGGAAGAACUGGACUACGCGUAGACUGGUGGACGGUUGUUUGACGCGGAAGCCGUCAAUCGUCGGCAGUCGACUUUCUGUCAUUUUUAAAGCCCGUUUGGCAACAUUUGGAUUUAUUCAUUCAUCGCGCUGACGUUCAGCGAUACCGAGGAGUACAAGGAAGGAGGAUCAGCCGUGGAAACGUUUUUUUAAGAGGCAGCAGCUGCCGUGCGUAACGGACGAAAUCUGGUCGAGCAGCUAUUUGAAUGACAAUAGUUUGAGGCGACGGCUUUCUUAUUUGUUUAAGGAAGCCUUAUUACUGGGACUGACGGCGCAUGGUAGCCUAAGUAACUGAAAUGCUAAACUGACAAUUGGGAUUGGAAAGCUGUUUUCAAGUGAAACUGAAGUGAUCUUAAUGUGUAAAUAUUGACAGGUGUUACAGUCAUGCUGACUGUCCGGCUGAGCCUUUAAUUCACUUACGGCUCUGUUUGUUAUGUCUUAAAACACCGCGGACACACAAGGUAUCGGGGUAACUAAACAUAUUUGGUAUGGAUGAUCCACAAAUUGUUUAAUGCAGUCAUCUUUACUCCCUUAAUACUCAGAGAAAGCACACGUUGUUAGUUGCGAUCUUAUAAUGCGUUUGAAACGCCGUGUGGGAAAGUAACCAUCACUUUAGUGUCUUCUUCCCUCCGAGUUGUAGCCGAUCUGGCAGCAGCCAAAAUGACAAGCAACGGACCUGUCAUCGUUUACGAGUGGCUGAAGACCCUCCAGCUUGCCCAGUACGUCGAGGCUUUUGUGGAUAAUGGUUAUGACGAUCUGGAGGUUUGCAAACAAAUAGGAGACCCCGACCUGGAUGCCAUCGGCGUCUACAUCCCUCACCACAGGCAGAGGAUUCACGAGGCGGUGAGAAGGCUAAAGGAUGAAGCCAACGAGACGGCCAGUGGACUCUACUUCACCCUGGAGCCGAUGCCACCCGCAGCUGAGGUUUAUACCAGUCACAUGGUGGACCAGUACGAGUCCAAACUGCGGGGAUCCAAGUCCUGGACCGAGCCCAACAGUGAACGGGUUGGGCGCAACGGUGGGUACAUGGCCGGGCAGAGGAACCUGACGCUGGGCAACAGGAGGGAGCUGGUGAUUUACCCCAAGCUGAAGCUGAAGAUCAUGAUCAGGGAUAAGCUCAUCAGAGAUGGCAUCAACCUCGCCAAGCCGCCCUAUUCUAAUAAGGAUGGUUCUCUGGGCAACAUAGAUGACCUUGCCCAGGAGUACUCUGAGUACUACAACACCUGCUUUAGUGACGUCAGUGACCGCAUGGAGGAGCUACGCAAAAGACGAGUCUCCCAAGAGCUUGACAUGGAGAAACAGGAUCCAAGCAGCACAUCCCUGCAGCUCCGUACAGAGAUCCAGGAAUCAUUAGGCUUCAGCAGUGAGGUGUCCACUCCAGAAACGGACAGAAAAAUGCCCCUGCACAAAUCCAGCUCUGAAGAUGGAUCUGGAGGUAAAUGGGACAAUAAAAAGAAGAACAAAUCUUUUUGGCAGAACUUCCGCAAGUCUCAGCACAAACCAGUCAUGCGACAGACAUCCAAAGGAGAAGACAUAGGCUUUGUGGCCAGUGAGAUCACCAUGAGCGAUGAAGAGCGAAUCCAGCUAAUGAUGAUGGUGAAAGAGAAGAUGAUCACGGUUGAAGAAGCUCUAGCUCGGCUAAAGGAGUAUGAGCGCAGCAGACAGUCCAGCAGUACUGACACUGCAGAGUGGACUGAGGGGUCUGCAUCCAAUCUAAACCAGUCCUCAAACUGCAACUCUCGUGAACAGUCAGACGAUGAGCAAUCGGAGGACUCUGUGAAGUUCAAACGGCUUCACAAGCUGGUUAACUCUACACGCCGGGUCAGGAAAAAACUCAUCAAGGUGGAGGAGGGCAAGAAACAUGGUUCUGAAGAUUUUCUGAAUCUGGGGGCACCUUCCACCUGUGAGAACAACACUGCUCUCUAUACAGGGGUCCUAAAGAGGCCCCCUUUGCCCCAGGAGGUCUCUCUGCCCUCCCUCACCCAGGAUCAACUCUCUCUGGAUGGAGACACAGACAGUCUGACCAACUCCCCUUCCUCCAGCAGCCUGGACACCUGGUCCGGACACAAGCUGGUCAAGACCUUCAGUAAAUCUUCUAGUACCCACGGCCUCAUCAGGCCCCCCAAGAGAACCCCGGUUGGCUCCGGGGUCGUGGGAGACUCCAUCUCCGGCGUUGGAGGCAGUGGCUCUUCCUUCUCAGAGCUGGAUGGCUGUGGAUUGGACGACGAAGGAAAGCUGUCGCGCUCCACAACCGACAGCGAGAUGCGGAAGGCUCUGAGCUCCAUCUCCCAUGGGGUAAGUAACAACGAGGCUCUCUACGCCUACUAUGGCCUCACUAAACCCCGCCCCAAACCCCAUAACCAAUCCCGCCUCCUGAUCUCGCUGGAUGACGGUCCACAAGGCAGCCCCAAACAACAACAGCCUGCAAACCGGCAUCAUGGCAGCUGGACUCACCGGAAACCUGAUCCCAACUACGCUUACUCCACCAAGCACUUACUGUACCAACGCUCGCGCAAGACCCCUAUCUCCCCUCUGUCUGUCACCCCUUCCUCCCCUGCACGAUGUGAUGUAGCCAAAUCAAAAGGUUUUGGAAGUGGGGGAGGGGGCUGGGUGUUCCCCUCCCGCAGGCUGCGUGGUCGAACGGCAGUCAGUGAGCUGAACAUCACCUAUGUGGUAGAGCGGAGCCUGUACGGUCACCUCAACUGGGCCCAGCUGGUCCGCCCAGUUACCCUCAGCCGCGCUGAGCGCCGCUGUCUGUUGGAGGAGGACCGCGAGGCGGACAGGAAGUGGGCGGCCAGUGUGGACCGCUGCACCAAGCGGGUGCUCUUGCGCAUCCAGCAGAAGUCUAGAACGUGCAGCUUCGGGGGCUUUGACCUGUCUAACCGUUCGCUCCAUGUGGUCAACGCCGGCUCAGACGUCAAUAAUAAAGAACAAGAGGCCAUAUACAGAGAGGUGGUCAAAUCCCCCACCACGUCUCGGAUCUCACUGGGCAAGAAGGUCAAGUCGGUCAAGGAGACGAUGAGGAAGCGCAUGUCGAAGAAGUACAGCAGCUCCUUUUCUGAGCAGUCCAGUCCGGAUGGAGCGCCUGGCUCCCCUAAGUCCCCUCAGCCUGACACCGACUCUCUGGAGAAGCCGAAGCUUAAGUCCGGAGGCUCGGUGGAAAGUCUGCGCAGUUCACUCAGCGGACAGAGUUCAAUGAGUGGUCAGACAGUGAGCACCACUGACUCGUCAGCCAGCAACAGAGAAAGUGUGAAGUCAGAGGAUGGUGAUGAUGAAGAGCCGCCUUAUAGAGGACCGUUCUGUGGCCGCGCCCGAGUCCACACGGACUUCACCCCCAGCCCCUACGACUCCGACUCCCUCAAACUGAAGCACGGUGAUGUGAUUGACAUCAUCAGUAAGCCACCCAUGGGAACGUGGAUGGGCCUGCUGAACAACAAAGUGGGCACCUUCAAGUUCAUCUAUGUGGACGUGCUGAGUGAAGAAGAGGAGAAGCCCAAGAGGCCCGUGAGGAGAAGGAGGAAGGGGCGACAACCCAAACCCACAUCAGUGGAGGACCUGCUGGAGCGCGUCAACCUCAAGGAGCACAUGCCCACUUUCCUGUUCAACGGCUACGAGGACCUGGACACGUUCAAGUUGCUGGAAGAGGAGGACCUGGAUGAGCUGAACAUCAAAGACCCUCAGCACAGAGCCGUGCUGCUCACUGCUGUAGAGCUGCUACAGGAGUACGACAGCAGCAGUGAUCCAGAGCGCAGCGGCCUGUCGGGCUCCCAGGAGAAGCUGCUGUCCGAGGGGAUGGGCCUGGUGGGAGACUCCCCGCGAGACUCCGGGUGCUACGAGAGCAAUGAGAACCUGGAGAAUGGUAAGAGCAGAAAGGCUUCCCGUUCCAGUCGUUCUUCAGCAGGUCUCCAUUCUCCUGACUACCCCACACUGCCCAUGACCCUUUCAACAGAGGCUCUGCAGCAGAACAGCAAGAACCAGCGCACAAAGUUCUCAAAAAGCUUCUUCAUCAAACCCUCACUGAAGGGCUUCAACUUGCUGGGGCUGCGCAAAGGCCAAAGACGGUCCCCCAUGCCAUCCAGCCGCAGCUGUGAGGACCUGGAUGGACCCCAACAGCCUACUGGACCCUGGAAACGCUCCCACUCUCUGGGAGAUCUGCACUGGGAGCAGAACUUUGAGCACAAGGAUCUGGGUGUGGAGCUUAAACUCACCAAGGAAGGACCCAAAUCAGGCAACAGUAGCCCCAACAAGGUCUGUAAAGAUGAGGGUUCCCCAGCUCAGAAUAGGACUCCAACAGUGAGCCCAAAAGGAAGGGCAGGCAGACCACCCGUGCCCACCCAGCUGCCUCUCCGCCCACCUUGUCCCAAAACCCAGUCCCCCAAUCCUCCAGAGCUCCUCUCCAGUCCUACCCCCAGUCCCCCUGAGUCUAAUGCAAGCGGGGAGAGGGUCAUCCGGACUCACGCCAAGAAGCCUCCAGUCCCUCCUCCCGUUCCUGCCAAGAAGUCUAGGGAAAGACUAGCCAACGGCCUGCGUCACGCCCCUCUCUCCCUGCCUUCCUCGCCAUCACCCACUCCCUCCCCUACCCACUCCCUCAAUCGCUCUCACCCCAGUAGCCCUCUUAUCCGCAGCAGCAGCAGGAGCCCCAGCUUCGGUGCGCCAGCUCUACCCGCCAAGAGCCCGAGCAACCCCGCCAGCCCCCGUGCCACCUCAUCUGCCUCAUCCAUGGGCGAGGACUCAGGCACACCACCAGCAAUGCAGCCUCCGUGGUUCUCAGAUCUGGGGGGCAAGGUGGCUGUGGCAAGGAAGGUUUCUCAUGCCAAGAUGAGUCCUGACCUGCUCACCCUCCUGGAACAACGGCUGGAGGCUGAGGGCAUCGAUCUUACAGAGGAGCCCUACUCUGACAAGCAUGGCCGGUGUGGCGUCCCCCAGCCACUGGUGCAGCGUUACUCUGAGGACUUGGAGCAGCCGGUCAAGAACGUGGCCUCCACCAUGGACCAGCUCCGAGUCAAAGAGCUCCGUAAACAACACCGCAUGGCUAUUCCUUCUGGAGGUUUGACAGAGAUGUGCCGGAAGCCUCUGCCCUCAGCUAACAUCAGCACGGUCUCUGAUUGGCUCACAUCCAUCGGCCUUCCCAUGUACGCUGCGUCUCUGGCUGCGGCGGGAAUCGACACGCUGAGUCGCGUGGCCUUGUUAACAGAGAGCGGUGUGUGGGAAGCAGGGGUGCAGGAUGAAAGACACGCUCGCCGGCUGCUCAGUGAAGCACGAUUGGUCGGCUCGCACAGAGAGGUGCAGUCCUAACCAUGUCGGUGGAGUCGUAUAAAAUAACAGGUAUCAACUCACUGGUCAGCACCAUCUUAUUUAAACAUGGUCAGUAGGCGGCCAAAGACAAAUUGGCCACAGGACUCGACGAUCGCACGAGCGACCACAGCACUACAGUACUUCCUGUCUCGCAUGUGUCAAAAGACUUAAAGUGAGCCGCACAGCUCUCUGAUUUUCUCUCUUUAUCCCUCUUUUCUCAAAUGAUUAAAGCAUUGCGGAGUUCCUCCUAACAGCCAAGACAAGAUAUCAGAUGCCUUUUUAAAAAUACAAAUAAUAAAAACAAAAAACUGUAGACUCACUCCGUGGGAUGGCUUCCAUUCUGAAGAUGCCCCCAAAGUCUUAAAAAAAAAAGACUUGGAUCUGCCUUGAAGGAAGAAAGCACACUCUUUUGUAGGAUGGAUGUUUUUUAAAUACAGAAGGACAGUUUACUUCCUGCAUAUUUCAUAAGUGCUUCGGAUUCAUCGUUGGUGGCAAGGCAACAUUAUCUGAGGGUCUGUUUAAGGAAGUAGCUCGGCCAAAGUGAUUUACUCAUCAUUCAGCGUUUCAUUCGCACUAAUAGGUUCACAAAUGACAACAUUUGCUUAAUAUCUGGACUUUUAAUCAACUAAAUACAUACACCAAACUAUGAAUAACGGGGUGGUUAUGAGAUGGAUUAUUUUGUAUCAUGUUUCUGUAUUAUAGCAUAAUGCAUAUCUUCAUUUUAAAAUGAUUUAUAUGUUCAAAUUUGUGUUUGAAUGUUGCAGCCUUGUUUUGGGGCCAGCUCUGUCAUUUCUAAGCUGAAACAGCUGACAUCACACCUUUUUUUAUAUUUCAUAUUAUACUGUAUGUCCUAUUUCACUGCAUAUCUUGGAUGCACAGCCUGCGCCGAUAUGAAUACAAGUCUUACGGAAAGCUCUGUUUCACUCCAGUAAUCACAAUCAGCUUUCACAGCAACAAUACAUUCCCCGUGUAUCCAAGCACAUUUUGAGUUGCCUUACCAUUAUGAAUGAAUAGCUUCAUCAAAUAGAACGUACGUAUAGUAUCGACUAUACAACCAGGCCGAGCUGUGCUAAAGGUGCAAGCCUCUUUAGUUCUGAAUGUGUCUGAGAAAUAAUUGAGAUUUUAUGAACGCAAAACACUCAAGCAGAUCAUUUCAGCCACACGCAUGGAUGUGGACCACAAGACAUGCCUCUGGUGGAUUGUGGUUUCUAUACUUGUGAAACUCGGAUGAAAAAAAACCACAGGCCCGACAGACCCCGUCCUGUGUUUAACAUCCCCGCUCGACACGUUCACAUGUUUUAUGCAGAUGGUUGCGGGACAAGGGAUGGAGGAGAAAAUAGAAAUGUUCCAAAGACACACCUGACAUCUGAGCUGUCAUAUCUGGAAUUUAUUAGACUGUCUACACUUUGGUUGCAGAGGAUUUUUGAUUUAUAGCGGGAUAAAAAGCUGUUAGAGACUUUUAAAACACAUUAUACUGCAGCUAUAAUCACAUUAUACUGCAGCUAUAAUCACAUUAUACUGCAGCUAUAAUCAAUGGCGGUUUGAAAUUCUUAAUUGGACUUUUCUCAAACACACUGAUGAUAUGUAGUUGUAUCAGGUGAAAAGCUGUGUCACUAAAAUGUCUUGUAUAUCAGGGACUGCGUCGGGUCAGCCUGUUACAAAAACGGAAAUAAAAACAACCAACAGUUCAUAACUAUUUAAUUUGCAAACUCUGCAUAAAAUGGAGCUAAAAAACGUUUUUUUUUAUUAUUUUUAUUUCUAACAGCAAAGUUCUAUCUUUCAUAGUCAGAACUGAACUGAAGACUUAUUCCUUGGAGUUCAUAUUUAAAAACUUGACCAAGUGUUAUUGCUAAAAUUAGAGGAUGUUUUUUUGUUUUUUUUUGCAGUGGGCACUUGAUAGGUAGAUGUUUGAUGCCUUUUUCUCUCUUCAAUCAAAAGUGGUGCUCUGAGAAAGCGACGGUGGGGUCAUUAUAAAAAAAAAAAGUCAAAGACUCAAGAAGUGUUUUGUAAAGAAUUAAAAUACUGACACUGUAAAUGCACUUUAGAGGGUAAAUCUAGCUGUUUUGUAGGCGGAAUUGGCUACAUUUUGUUCACAGGUCCAUAAAUGGACAUUUGUUGUCAGGUAUUUCAAAGGGUUUCAGUGGGAUAUGCUGGUAUUUUAUUUUAGUAUUGAGUUCCCAAUGCCAAGUUUGAUAACCAUCCACAGGUUAACCUGUUCCAGUUACUCACUUCCAGUUUGUUUUUGCAGUCUUAUAAAAAAUAAAUUCUUAAUUACAUAUAUGAAAUGCUUAGCAGAAGUUGCACAUUCUGUAUAUGUAAUUGAUAUUUAAAUAACUUAUUUUUGCUUUUUUUUUUCAUAUCAACUGUAAUUAGCUGUACUAUAUGAAUAGCAAUACCUUCCUGCAUAAUGCAUAUUGCUUUAGCCAGUGAGGAACUACAGUAUGUAUUGUAAAAUAUGUGUACAAAUUAUUUUAUUUGGUUUUCAUCUACCUAAUGAUUGUCCAUACAGAUUUGCUUGUGUAUUGAAACAACAAAAGUAAUGUCCAUAACUAUUUGUCAUUCUGAAAUAUAAUAAAAACUGUUUCUUGCCAUA